AUGUUUGCUGCGGGGCUUGCCUCGGCGGUGGGCCUGGCGGCCUAUGCAUACAGCUACAACUUGAAUCGGUUCAAGUUCGAUGCCAAACUGCAGCAGGAGUCCCAAUAUCACUACCAGGACAUGAGAAUUGAGCUCUGGAAGCUCUUCCGCGAAGACGUGCGCGACGUCUUCGAGCUCACGCGCGCCAACAUGGACAACUACAUGGUCGUGGGGGUCUUGAUCAUCGCCUCGGUCAUGAACUUCAUGGCUGUUGGGUAUCCGACCUUCCCGAUGGAGCCGCCCUGGCUCGUCGUCAUUUGGAACAACAGCGUCUUCUCGUGCAUCAUCUUCGGCAUUGUUGGCGUCUGGCUGGCCAUGCACGGCUCCAUCGCGGCCACCUCGGCGUCAACGAAGAUCUUGACGCAGGCGGUCCGUCCGCCGGUGGCAACCCUGGUGGAGGUCAGCCAGGGUAUGGUCCAGCAGGAGGACCCCGGAUUUUUUGAAGUCUAA